AUGUUGGUUCAAGACCGUUUUUCACCUCAAAAAAACUCUUCAAAUCUAAAUCCAAAUUCAAAUCAAAAAUCUUACUUGAGAACCAAUGAUCUUCCUUCAAACCGUUUCACCCAGACUAAGAACCUCGACUUCUCCGUAUGGGUUUCCGACAAUCUCUACAAGAUUGUUUCAGUUGUUCUCCUCGUACUAACCGUCGCCGCGCUAUUCUUCCUUCGAAACGUUGGGGAUACAGCGGCGUUACUUUGUUUUGAGAAUAAAGCGCGUGAUCUCGAGAAGAUCGAGUUUCCGCGCGUGGAUUGGAAUAAGAUUACUCCGAUUGCUGAUAAAGCUUCCAAGUUUGCCAAUUUUCGGUCCGAGAAAUGGAUCGUGGUUUCGGUUUCGGAUUACCCGAGUGAUGCUUUGAAGAAGCUGGUGAAGUUGAAAGGGUGGCAGGUUGUGGCGAUUGGUGAUUCCAGAACGCCGGCGGAUUGGAAUUUGAAAGGUGCGAUCUUUUUGUCUUUGGAUGAACAGGCUAAUUUGGGGUUUAGGAUUGUGGAUUACUUGCCUUAUGAUUCUUAUGUUAGGAAGAAUGUUGGGUAUUUGUUUGCAAUGCAACAUGGGGCUAGGAAGAUUUUUGAUGCGGAUGAUAGAGGGGAAGUCAUUGAUGGAGAUUUGGGGAAACAUUUUGAUGUUGAGUUGGUUGGGGAGGCUGCUAGGCAAGAGGUUUUGUUGCAGUAUAGUCAUGAUAAUCCGAAUCGAUCCGUUGUGAAUCCUUAUGUUCAUUUCGGACAGCGUUCCGUUUGGCCUAGAGGUUUGCCGUUGGAGAAUGUGGGUGAAAUUGGACAUGAAGAGUUUUAUACUCAGGUCUUUGGUGGGAAACAGUUCAUUCAGCAGGGUAUUUCCAAUGGACUUCCUGAUGUUGAUUCUGUGUUUUAUUUUACGAGGAAAUCGGGUUUGGAACCGUUUGAUAUUCGAUUUGAUGAGCAUGCCCCGAAGGUUGCGUUGCCACAGGGGAUGAUGAUGCCACUUAAUUCUUUUAAUACAAUGUACCAUUCUCCUGCGUUUUGGGCUUUGAUGCUUCCGGCGUCGGUUAGCAGGAUGGCUUCUGAUGUUUUGAGAGGCUAUUGGGGACAGAGGCUUCUUUGGGAAGUUGGGGGUUAUGUUGCCGUAUAUCCCCCUACUGUCCAUAGGUACGACAGGGUUGAGGCUUAUCCUUUUUCGGAGGAGAAGGAUCUUCACGUGAAUGUCGGUCGUUUAAUCAAGUAUUUGGUUUCGUGGAGAUCAGAUAAGCAUAGAUUGUUCGAAAAGAUCUUGGAUUUGAGUUACGCGAUGGCAGAGGAGGGCUUUUGGACUGACAAGGAUGUGAAACUUACCGCGGCAUGGCUUCAGGACUUGCUAGCUGUUGGUUAUCAGCAGCCAAGGUUAAUGUCUUUAGAACUUGGUCGACCGAGGGCAAACAUUGGUCACGGAGACCAGAGGGAGUUUAUUCCACAAAAGUUGCCGUCAGUUCAUCUUGGGGUUGAAGAAACGGGAACUGUGAAUUACGAGAUUGCUAAUUUAAUCCGAUGGAGAAAAACUUUUGGGAAUGUUGUGCUUGUCAUGCAUUGCAGCGGGCCUGUCGAACGUACGGCCCUUGAAUGGAGGUUGCUUUAUGGGAGAAUAUUCAGAACUGUAGUUAUUUUGUCUAAAAAGAAGGAUGUAGAUCUUGUUGUACAGGAGAGCCAUUUGGACCGAGCAUACAAGUACCUGCCAAAAAUAUUCGAUCAAUUUAGCAGCGCAGAAGGAUUUCUAUUCCUGCAGGAUAAUACAAUUCUUAACUAUUGGAACUUACUGCAAGCAGAUAAAACCAAACUGUGGAUCACUAAUAAGGUAGCCAAGUCUUGGUCUUCUGUUAUAACCGAGGACAACAAUGCUGACUGGUUAUCUCAACAAGCAAGCAUGGUACAGAAGAUUGUAAGCAUGAUGCCAGCUCACUUUCAAGUAAAUUAUAAAGAAACAAGUAGCAAUGACAAGAACCUCUUGUUAUGCAGUUCCGAGAUAUUUUACGUUCCCCAGCGCUUGACCAGUGAUUUUGUUGAGCUUGUUAACCUAGUAGACAAUCUAGAGAUCCAUCAAAAGGUUGCAAUUCCCAUGUUCUUUGUCUCCAUGGAUUCUCCACAGAAUUUUGAUCCUAUUCUUGAUACAACAAUUUACAAGAAAAAACCUCCGACUAAUUCCUCAACUAUUUAUUCGGCUAAAGUCCCUGCUGUUCAUCCAUGGAGUGUAUCAAGUGAGCAAGAGUUUAUUAAGCUUAUCAGAAUAAUGGCUGAAGGAGAUCCACUCCUAAUGGAAUUGGUUUGA